AUGUCCGAAGUGCGGAACUACUACUCGGGUGGAUCGACUAAUAGGUUAUCAUGGAUGAGGCAGUCAGGAACCUUUCUUGGCUCAGCGCUUUCGAGUCCUCAAGCAAGAUACAUCCUCUUCCAUAAUCUAAAACCGCUGGUUAUCGACCAACCGUCUGAGACGAUAGAUGGCUUCCCAGUAUCCAAUAAACUAUCGUCGCUUCCAUGGCAAGAGGUGGCUCUCAUGUUGAGUCCAACUGGCUCAGCGAUCGUCGAUCCUGGAGAGGUUGUAGACCCCUCAGGCACCAUGUGGCCAAAACAACUUGCUUCACAUUCGGCAAACGCUCGGCAGCCCGUGCUUGACCAAUGUCCGAUCAUCAUCUUUCUUGGCACUGAUAACUCAACCGAACAUCCCGAGGUAGACAAAUCACUCCAACCAGGCCAUGGCUCACCAGUUUGGGCUAUCGACGUCACUCCCAUCUACGAAAGAACUUCCAGAACACUUCUUCAACAUGGUCGAUUUUUGGACAUGAAAAAAGCCACUCUUGCGCUCAAAGAAGCUAACCUUGCUGCUCAAGCUAGGGCUUUGAUCGAUUGGAAUCUUCGCAACAAGUUUUGUGCUGCUUGCGGUAGACCGACUUACUCUGCAUGGGCCGGAUGGAAGUUGGCGUGCACAUCAAAUAUUCAGAAACAUGGAGGGGCUGACGACGGUGACCUAGCAACUACCUCGCCUGGAUGUGUGACAAACAGUUUCAGCAUUCAGAAUUUUUGGUACGUAUUUUUACAGGGUUUGCUUGUGCUCAAAGAGAAAUCCUUACGUUUAAAACUGAUCGAGUCUUUAAUGAUGCAAUUUAUCGAACUUACCUCAUCACCCAUUAUCCGCUUUGACUCGACAGUUUUCGUGACCCGUACCGAUCCCGUGUGUAUAAUGGGAAUUACCAAUUCUACUGGAGAUUCAAUUUUAUUAGGACGCAAGUCAGUUUGGCCACCUGGAUUCUAUUCUUGCUUAGCAGGCUUUAUUGAGCCUGGGGAGUCGAUCGAGGAUUGCUGCCGACGUGAGGUGCUCGAGGAAGCCGGGGUUGAAGUAAACUCAGUUACUUAUCAUUCGAGUCAACCAUGGCCAUUCCCUGGAAGUUUAAUGAUAGGGGUCAUGGGCCGGGCCGCAGAAAAUCCGCAUAUACGUCUUGAUCUUGACAAAGAACUUGAAGACGCCAAAUUCUUCCCGAGAUCAUUAAUACUUGGAGUUCUAGAUUCAUCCAAAAAGACGGAACUGACUGAGGAUGAAUUGCGACGUUUUGAUGAUAAUUACAAGUCAUCUGUGACGGUUGAUCCCGUGGUUACAGCUCAAACGUCCAGUUCGAGUAAAAUCCAUUUAACCAUCCCUCCACCAACUGCGAUUGCUCAUCAAAUAAUCCGAAGUUGGGCCAUGAACGAUGAUCAGAAUGAUGGCAAGGGUAAGAUAGGUGAAAGACGUUCGAAUUAUUGA